AUGGACAAUUUGCUCGUCUCCUGCACUGAACAGCUAGCCGAAAUCGAUGGCCAAGUUGAAGGCACCAUUCCCGAGUGGCUAAGUGUGCAGAUGCUCCGCGUGGGACCCGCCAAGUGGGAUCUGGAUGACUUUGUGCUCAACCACUGGUUGGAUGGCUGUGCCAUGCUCUGCAAGUUCACCAUCAGCCAGGGACGAGUCAAGAUGAACUCAAAGUACCUGCACUCGGAGGCGUACAAUAAAAUGAACCAGGUGAAACGCCCCGUUUUUACCGAGUUUGGAACUCGGUCCUACCCCGACCCCUGCAAAAACGUCUUUUCUCGUUUCUUCUCUCAAAUCGUGCCAUCUGACCUCACUGACAACGGUUGUGUGGGCAUCUUCAAGCUAGCCAAUGAGUACUACUCCUCUUCGGAGACGUGCAAUGUCCUCAAGGUGUGCAACCACUCGCUCAAUGUUCAGCAAAAGAUCAACCUGGACAAGGUAGCAGGCGUCAAUUUGGCCUGCUCUCACGUGCAGAGCAUCAAGGGCGAUGACUAUGCCUACAAUAUGAGCUCCAGCUUUCUCACUGGCCUAAAGUACCACGUUUUGAAGAUACCACUCUUUAAAGACACCGAGCAUGAGGGCAACAACAGCAGCUUUAUGAAUCGAGCCAGCAUUCUGGGAAGCAUUCCCUCCAGCUGGAAGACGUGCAUUGCCUACUACCACAGCUUUGCCAUCACCGCCAAUUACCUCGUCUUUAUUGAGCUGCCAUUGGUGGUGAACGCCUUCAAGCUGGCAACUUGUACAGCCAAAGGAAAGCCACUCAAGGACUGUCUCGAGUGGCAUCCAUCUGAAAAUACUCGAUUUCACGUGAUUUGCAAACGGUCUGGUCAAUCUGUGGGCAAGUACUACGCCAAAGCAUUUUUCUACUUUCACACCAUCAACGCUUACGAAGACAAUGGACACAUUGUCGCCGAUUUGAUGGCCUACGAGGAUCCGACCAUUCUCGAAAAGUGGGACCUCAGUGCAAUGCGCAGCAAUGUGUACGAUGAUCAAAACCAAGCAACGCCAACUCGUUUUGUAAUGCCGCUUCACGUUCAACAUAUUCCCCUAUCUCGGUUCUUUUUCCACUACCAAGGCUACCUACAAGACUCACAAGUCCGUCUUGAGCCUGAUUUGAUUCGCAGUGUCGGCAUACUAGUGCAUGACCUGUUCUCUGGUCCAUUUAGACUCGAAAUUGACUACAUUGGAUUCGUCUAUGAUUCUCAACACAACGACAUUAUUGAAUAUGAGACGCACUACCACGAAGCUUCAAGCCUCAAGAGUUACGGCUCUGUCUAG